UAAUUAUAAGAACAGAUUUCCCUUCUUGGUGGCGUUUGCAGUCAAGAUGACAGUUACUGUAGCUGCGUGAAACUGCUAUAAGUGACUAUCCGCAGUCAGAUGGAUGAGUCGGGGCGGACUUUUUAACAUGUUCCCAUUUUCCAACGCUAUGCUGCCUUUCUUAGUGACUGCAUUUGUGCCACAUUGUUUCUGAACUUUUGGAGGAGCCUGAUUUUUUAAAGCAACAUGCCAGAGCCAAGCAACGAUUAUAGGGUGGUUGUGUUCGGAGCUGCUGGAGUUGGAAAAAGUUCCCUGGUCCUGCGCUUUGUAAGAGGGACAUUUAGGGAAACCUAUAUUCCUACCAUUGAAGAUACUUACAGGCAAGUCAUCAGCUGUGAUAAAAACAUCUGUACAUUACAGAUCACAGACACUACAGGAAGCCACCAAUUUCCUGCUAUGCAAAGGCUAUCUAUAUCUAAGGGCCAUGCUUUCAUCUUGGUCUAUUCAGUUACAAGUAAACAGUCAAUGGAGGAACUUCAGCCAAUAUAUGAACAGAUCUGCCAAAUUAAGGGAGACACCCAGAACAUUCCCAUUAUGUUGGUUGGUAACAAGAGUGAUGAAACUCUGAGGGAGGUACAGGCCAGCGAGGGAGAAUGCUUGGCCAACAAGUGGAAGUGCUCUUUCAUGGAAACGUCUGCAAAGCUCAACUACAAUGUGCAGGAACUGUUUCAGGAACUUUUAAACUUAGAAAAGAGAAGAACUGUCAGCCUUCAAGUGGAUGGAAAGAAGUCCAAGCAGAAGAAGAAGAAAGAUAAGCUGAAAGGCAAAUGCUUAAUAAUGUAAUCUGUGCCUUAAUAGACCUUAUUUUCAAAACAAGGCAUCAGUACUCACAUUAAAGGUACUGGCAAAAAAUUAAAAAUGACAAUAUCAUUUUUGAUACAAAAUGGUCAGUAAAUAAAUAGACAGUUUAUGCCAUUGUUAUUAUUUGGAGCUGACUGCAUGCUUGUGCCCAUUCAAGUGCUGCGCUUGUGGAUGCCUCCAAGAAAAAAUAGUUGGAGCCAGUCUUGUUGUGCUGGUGGCUAAUAAUGCUUGCAUUAGGCAGUAGGAUACAAGAGUGUGUUAUGCUUGUAUUCUUCUGUCAUAAUUGGUGGUGGAAUUACACACAUUAAUGUAAACAGCUCACUCUGUAACGUUUGCAUGCUGGGAUAUGCAGUUAUGACUGCUGUAAAUGAAAUAUCUCUGGGUAUAUAUUAUCAGUCUAGUCAAAAUGUCCGUUUAGUCUUGCUUCUUUUAAUGGUCAGGCUUUUGUCAUAAUUAUUGUUCCACAUUUGUGGGGAAAUGCUGCUUUUUAUUAUUUAUUUUUUCUAGUAAACAAUGCUUGUUUCAACCCAUUCUGGACUGACUAGGCUUACAUUAAAAAAAACCUCAGAUUUCAUCAACA